AUGACUGCUUACCACCCGCAGUCCAAUGGACUAGUUGAACGUUUUCACCAGCAUCUCAAGGCCUCCCUCAUGGCGCAUGAAUCGCCGGAGAAGUGGGUCCUACAUUUGCCCCUCGUCUUACUUGGCAUAAUAGCCGCACUCAAGAGCGAACUAGGUUGCUCCUGUGCCGAGGUAGUCCACGGCACUCACCUGCGCCUUUCGUGCGAUUUCUUUGUCGCCAUCACCAAAACACCGACGCCAUCACCUGCCGAUUACGUUGCCGAACUGCAAGCUUUCUUCAGCCAGAUACGUGCCGUGCCUGCACGUCCGCAAGAAGCAAGGUCUCCGUACGCUUCUCCCGCACUCACCUCUGCUACCCAUGUUUUCGUGCGUAACUGUGCCGUGCGGAAGCCUUUGCAGCCACACUACUCCGGGCCAUAUUGUGUUCUGGAGCGCCAUCCGACGAUAUUUGUCGUGCAUGUCAACGGCCGAUCAGACAUAAUUGCCCUGGAACGGCUCAAACCCGCCUACCUUGAAGCACCAGCGCCAACGGCUCCACCAGUAUGCGACGCAAUCCUGCUGCAUCCUUCGCCGCCGCCUCCGCACGUGACCCCCAAUACGAACGCAAACACGCCGCGUCACGUCGACUUUCCAUGGUUCGUCGAACUUUCCUCUUCUCUAGGGCGGUAG